UUUACCCACUUCCUCCAAAAGGCGUGUGUGACCUGUUGCUGGAAGGGGAGAUACAAAGGCUCCCAGUGGCCGCCCGGGCCGCCCCCGGGCCCGCCUCCCCGCCGAGCCGUCCCGGCGCGCCCAGCCCCCGCCCCGUUUCAUGCAAAACCAGGGGAAGAGACUUGUCCUCAGUGGCGGAGCCGCCGCGCGCUGAUUGGCCGGAGCGAACGCAUUUAUUGCCUGACAAGCCCCCAUCACAUGGAUGGUUGUCUAUUAACUUGUUCAAAAAAGUAUCAGGAGUUGUCAAGGCAGAGAGAGAGAGUGUGUGUGUUUGCAAAAGGGGGUAAAGUAGUUUGCUGGCUCUUUAAGACCGAGGUGGAGAGAGAGAGAGAGAGAGCGAGAGAGAGAGAGAGAGCGCGGCAGGCAGAGAAAAGGGAAAAAGGAGGAAGAAGUUUUUUAAAAUCAAGACUCCGGCGGUAAUAAUAGCAGUUAUUAGCAUUAUUAAUCCAUCAGCGAAGAAGAAGAUCCUGAUCUUGAUCCAAGUGUGGUUUUGGGGAGUCCCCCUCCCCCAUUUCCUACCCCUCCCUAGGAAAAAAAAAAAAAAAGUCCGGCUUGGGACUCCGCUGCGGCUGCUCCUCGUUUCUCUGCUCAAGGCUGGUUCCAGCAAAAGUAGUUUGAAUGUACAACAUGAUGGAAACCGAGCUGAAACCUCCCGCCCCUCAGCAAACUUCGGGGGGAGGCACAGGCAACUCCAACUCGGCCGCCAACAACCAGAAGAACAGCCCGGACCGGGUCAAGCGCCCGAUGAACGCGUUCAUGGUGUGGUCCCGCGGGCAGCGGCGGAAAAUGGCCCAGGAGAACCCGAAGAUGCACAACUCCGAGAUCAGCAAGCGGCUCGGGGCGGAGUGGAAACUUUUAUCCGAGGCGGAAAAGAGACCCUUCAUUGACGAAGCCAAGCGGCUCAGAGCUCUGCACAUGAAGGAGCACCCGGAUUAUAAAUACCGACCCCGGAGGAAAACCAAGACCCUCAUGAAGAAGGAUAAGUACACGUUGCCGGGGGGCUUACUGGCACCGGGCACCAAUACCAUGACGACUGGGGUAGGGGUUGGGGCCACCUUGGGAGCUGGGGUGAACCAGAGGAUGGACAGUUACGCGCACAUGAACGGCUGGACCAACGGAGGCUAUGGGAUGAUGCAAGAGCAGCUCGGCUACCCGCAGCACCCGGGCUUGAACGCGCACAACGCGGCGCAGAUGCAGCCCAUGCACCGCUACGACGUGAGCGCCCUGCAGUACAACUCCAUGACCAGCUCGCAGACUUACAUGAACGGAUCGCCUACCUACAGCAUGUCCUACUCCCAGCAAGGGACCCCGGGCAUGGCCCUGGGCUCCAUGGGCUCGGUGGUCAAGACGGAAUCCAGCUCCAGUCCCCCCGUAGUCACUUCCUCGUCUCAUUCAAGGGCUCCUUGCCAAGCUGGGGACCUUCGGGACAUGAUCAGCAUGUAUCUACCAGGUGCUGAAGUACCAGAACCAGCUGCCCCAAGCAGACUUCAUAUGUCCCAACACUACCAGAGUGCACCUGUUCCUGGCACAGCCAUUAAUGGCACACUCCCUCUAUCACAUAUACUUCAUCCUGUUCAAAGAAAAGAAAAAAAAAAAAAAAAAAAAGGAAAAUUACCAACCUGAAAUUACUGUGUUUGAAAUAUUUUCUUAUGGUUUGUAAUAUUUCUGUAAAUUUAUUGUGAUGAUAUUUUAAGUUCUUUUUUUUUUUUCCUCCUCAUUUUCCGUAGUUGUAUUUUAAAGAUUCGGCUCUGUAUUAUUUGAAAUCAGUCUGCCGACAGUCCAUGUAUAUAUUUGAACUAAUACCAUCCUUAUAACAGGUACAUAUUCAAGUUAAGUUUUUACUCCAUUAUGCACAGUUUGAGAUAAAUAAAUUUUUGACAUAUGGACACUGAA